AGCUGAUCCUGCUGUCGUGUCGCUGAGUCGCCAUCGCCCAUCACUCGGAAGUUGCCGAGAUGAUCAGCUCGGGCAGCAUAUGGCAUAUCGGACGCAGGAUACCAACGACUACAUGUUCGGGCGAGUGCUCCGUUUGUUUCUGAAUGCAGCGUCGUAGCCAUCGAUGCGAGCACCCGACGCUGACUCGCUGUGCACAAGCUGAUCGCCACUGCGAGCGCCUCGGUGCCACCCCGCCUGACAGAACUUGCUAUCCCAAUGGCGAUCCGGAUCCGGGCCAUCUCCGGUGCAUCGCUUCCGUCGCCGGUGUCUCCGUAUCGGCUGGCCUGCCGGAUCGGCCUCGGGCUGUUGUGUCGAUCGGCCGGGAAGGGCUUCGGUGCCCUUGCCAACCCUACGAGCCUCGGUCUCGUCGGUCUCGGUCUCGGUCUCGGUCUCGGUCUCGGUCUCGGUCUCGGUCUCGGUCUCGGUCUCGGUCUCGGUCUCGGUCUCGGUCUCGGUCUCGGUCUCGGUCUCGGUCUCGGUCUCGGUCUCGGUCUCUCCCGGUCUCGUGUUUCUGUGCUUGUUUCGUUGGCAUUCGUUUGUGCUUUCGUCAACCUUUGUCGAAUUCAAGUGUCGGAUCGGCCUCCAAACGACGCUCGACAUCCACCUCUUCAAACACAUUCUCCCUCCACGCACCCUCGAUCCACGAUCAAAUGCCCCGCUCUCUGGCAGGCUUCCUCCCCCUUGUCCAUCGGCAUCGGGCUCACACCAUCAUCGCAAAGGGUGCCGUUAAUGGCGCUCAGCGUCUCCUCCAUCCGACAUCAUCAAGCGCCUGUCCGUCUGGCCUGCGGAUCCUGCCUCUGGCUCGUCCGUACUCUUCCCGCCACCAGGAGCACACCGUCCCGAUCGGAGGAUUGUCGUUGCCUGAAACCACCCGGGCAUCGCUGCCGCCACGGGUCAAGCAACUGGUCGAAGGCUUCCCAUCGGUCGUCACAUAUCCGAUCCACUGGGGAGAGCAGGAUGUCUUUCAGCACCUCAACAACGUCCACUACAUGCGCUAUUUUGAAAGUGGCCGCAUCGCCUACUUUGACCAGAUCCUGAAGGCCAACCUCGACCCUGUUCAGGCCCAGGCUUACCUGAGCCCCAUUAUGACUCCCCCGCAUAUCGGGCCCAUCGUCAAGUCGUGUGCGCUGACCUACCGAGCCCCGGUCACCUAUCCCGACACCGUGACCGUCGCAACCCGAGUCCCUCUUGAAUCCUUGAAGCCCGAUCGCUUCACGCAGUCCUGCAUCAUCGUCUCGCAUCGGCUCAAUAAGGUCUGUGCCGAGGGCGAGGCCGUCAUCGUGUCCUUUGAUUUCAAAAACAACACCAAGACCACCCUCCCGGAGCAAGUCGUCGAGGUGAUCAAGAAGGUCGAGACAGAAUGGUCCGCUCCGGACACUCCUGCUUUUGAGGGUUAGAGCCACUGCCACACCCACUGCUACCGUCCGCAGCCGUAGACGCCGGCCAGUGAUAGACGACCGGGCCGAUCCGAUGUGGAUUGUGGAUCCUAUCA